CCAAGGGCUGGGAGGAGAGAAGUGUUGUUAAGUUCUGCGUCGGAGUCGCGGCUGCUGCGAGAGAAGGAAACUUCAGUCUGUGGGGACCAAGCGCCAGCACCAAGUGCUGAGACAUGUCACGCCCCUCUGCUCCUCCACCAGGCUACGAUGAUCGGAACCCCCUCUAUCCUCCACCAGCAGGGGGAUAUCCUGCGGCCUACCCAGGAGGCUACCCAGGAGGCUACCCACAGCCACAACCACAGCCCCCACCAUACAGUGGUGGGUACGCACAGCCUGGAGGCUACUCACAACCAGGGGGUUAUCCACAGCCAGUUCCUAUUAUGCCUACGGUCCCAAUGGGCUUUGGAGAUGUCUAUGGCGGUGGCGGCGUUUCUGGAGAGGAUGCGACUUUCAGUGCAGCAGACUGGGAUGACAGGAAAGUCAGACACAUUUUCAUCCGCAAGGUCUACACCAUCAUUUCACUGCAGCUGCUGAUAACUGUGGCCAUCAUUGCAGUCUUCACCUUUGUUGAACCCGUAUCCAGUUUUGUACGGAGAAAUGUUGCUGUAUACUACGUAUCUUAUGCUGUGUUCUUCGUCACUUACCUGGUGCUGGCAUGCUGUGAGGGCCCACGGAGACGCUUCCCAUGGAAUCUUAUCCUUCUGACCAUCUUUACACUGGCCAUGGGGUUCAUGACAGGCACCAUUGCUAGCAUGUACUCUACAAAGGCUGUUAUAAUUUGCAUGAUAAUCACAGCUAUUGUGGCCAUAGUUGUCACCGUCUUCUGCUUCCAGACAAAGGUGGAUUUCACAUCCUGUACCGGCUUGUUCUGUGUGUUGGGCAUUGUCGUCAUGGUGACUGGGAUUAUCACAGCCAUUGUUCUGGCCUUCAAAUACGUCUAUUGGCUCCACAUGCUGUAUGCAGGCAUUGGUGCUAUUGCCUUCACCCUGUUUCUUGCCUAUGAUACCCAGUUGCUGCUGGGCAACAGAAAACACACCAUGAGCCCCGAGGAAUAUGUCUACGGCGCCCUCAAGAUCUACACAGACAUAGUCUACAUCUUCACCUUCCUCUUGCAGAUUGUGGGCAGCAGAGAUUAGGAAGCUGAGGCCGUGCCUCCUUGCUAGAACUUUGGCAACCCUCCCUAGAAGUUCAGGGGACCCCUGACUUUGAUUUUCUUAGUAUAAUGUUCUGAUGCAUUGUUCUCGCCUCCUAGAAUGUAUAGAAGCUACUAAGGGAUUCACAUAGUGGACAGAGCUAAAGAUAACGUAUGAUACAUUGUAUACGCUGUAGAUAUUGACUCUUAAUUUGUAAGAUGUCGUUUAUUUCUCCAUUUUCACAUGUGGAAUCCCCUUUUUGUAUCUGAUGCCCUGGAUACAGGAAUCUGUACCACUGCUUUGGAGUAAUGUAUCCUAGCCGUCUCAACUUAUCUCUUAUUUGUAUUUUUUGUUUGGUUGCUUGUUUUUGGUCAGCUUACUUACCUAAAAUGUAGGUGGCCCUAGCAGCUACAAAAUCCAAAGAUCCAGGGCUCAACUACACAACUGCAAAUAAAAUUUAUAUUUUUGAAUAAGA